GACCACCAUGAUCGCCAUCAUGAUGAUUGACUCGCUAUGGUACAACACCUAACAAUGGCCAAGUGUAACCAAUGGAAGGGACUGCAGUAUAGUGGCUCAAGUGAUAAAUAUCGAAUCCACGGGUCUCUAGAGUUAAUAUUACUCAGCUUCAGUUUAUUAUUUAGCAAACCAGAUUAAGAUGAAAGAACUAAAACUACUCUAGCAAACUACAAUUAAAGUUAAUCUAAUUACAGGUUGGGAACUCACUUAGGUAUGAUUCCCCCUAGCCACUAGCCAGACUACCGAUUGAUGAUUUCUAACUUGUUUCACUUUCAUUCACAAUGAGGAGAAUCCUUGACUAGACCUUGAGUCUCGACUAAAGGAACAAGGCCCUCUUGAGUCAGUUGCCUAGAGGGACGUAUCCUUCUCUAGAACAACCGAUGAAGGCGUUCUGAACUAGAUUCCCUCUAUCGAAAGAGGUUCUCAAUCGAUACAAAGCAGUGAAUCAACCCUCGACUAAAGCAAUCGAUCCACUACUAUCAAUCUAUGGUGCUCUAUUGACCUAAUCAGGUAUUCCCUCUCAUAGGAUCAAAGCAGAAUCAAUAAUCUCGACUAAAGCAGAAUUGAAUCAUGAAAACAUGCAUAGGUUGAAUAUGAACUCAAGAUUAUCAAGUCAGAGUACUCAUACAAUCAUCCAAUCAAACAAACAUAGCUAGGGUUCCUCAAAACCUAAGGGAAGGGAAGUUACUCCAUAGAGAAGAGAGAGUCUGCAGUAAGAAUCUUCAGAUGAUCAGUCUUCAAGUCCGGGCUUGUUCCUCAAGCUUCCAAGGCGAAGAAAUCCUCCAAUUCCACUCCAAGAAUGCCCUCAAAUCGCCCUCUCUCUCUUUGGUUCGUCCCUUGGGUGUUUGGGAUCCAAAACCCAGCUCUCCUUUCCUUUGGCUUCAAUCUGCCUAAAAAACCCGAUUCUGGGCAAAACACGGUCGAGGGCACAGCCGUGCUUUGGUUUUUUCUGCCCGUGUUUUGCCCCAUGUUAAAAACACGCCCGCGCGCGUCGGCCAAAACACAGUCGUGCCUAAAUAUGGGCACGACCGUGUUUUGAUUUAGGCGCGCCCGUGUUUUUACUGCCGAACUUGUUCCCCUAUAUUCAAUGCUUCGUUUCUCCAUCGUCCGGACUCCGAAUGAGUCGUCGUUUGAUCCCAGACGCUCAUAGUCUCGUCCUCUUUCUUUUAAUGACAAGCUUGCAUGAUUCUUUGUCCAUAAAGUGAGAUAGAAAUCCAUUCUUCUUCAGGUCAUGCCCGAGUUUCUUCUCCCGAAUCGCCAAUUGAUCUCUGAUUGAAGAUUGAGACCUGGGCCGAUUUAACGGGCCUCAUGAGGAAUAUACAAUGCUGUCAAAGCCCAGCCGGAGUAUGACCCGGUAACGUGAACGGUUCGGUCAUUAGUGGUCCAGCCGGCAUUAGACCGUUUAAAAACCGUUUGAGAACCCGUACCUAAUAAACAGUCAUCUGUAUAAAUAGUAGACACUUCUUAAUCAUGGUAAACCACAAGUAAAUUACUCUCUUAAACCAUUCUGAAACUUCUAAAUAACUCAAUCAAGUAAACAAAAAUUGCUGAAUGGAAUAUGAAACCUCAAGGGUCACGGCAGCAACACAAACAAACCAUUACAAACUUCUUUUAUGCUUAUCUAAAAUUAUCAAAGUAAGGUCAAAUCACAUGUAAAUUUAUUAAUUUAGUAAUUUACCACAAGAAUUUCUCCUGGGUGGGUGUAUGCGUCGAGAAAUUGAAGGGGAGGGCAGCAAGGGAGAGGCAGAGAGUCGAUGGCUUGAUGCAACAGGGGAGAGGCAGAGAGUCGAUGCAGGGGAGAGGGAGAGAGUCGAUGCAGGGGAGAGGCAGCAGCAGUGGGAGAAGGUGACUGCAGGGGAGAACGGAGACCUCACCGACAGGAAUGGGAAACGAGCUGCCGCCGCCGCCGACGACGAUGGCGACAGGUGACAGGGGAGUGGCGUCAAGGGAUGGCGACGGCCGAUGGCGUCGAGCGAUGGCGAACGGCGACGGGGACCCGCGACGGUGAACGGCGACUGCGGAGUGCGAGGCUCUUCUUCGUGUCUGGCUGCUGCGCGAAGGGGGAGGAAAUGAAUUAGUCAAUUAGGG